AUGGAUGACAACCUGUACUGUCUCUCUAAUAAAGAUUUCCAAUGGGAACAGGAGCUUUGCUCUGACUUGAUUAUAGCAUCUACAGAGAAGAAUGUGAAUCUGUAUGAAGAAUUUCAGAAGUUUUUUAAUAACACAAAAUUUCAGUGGGAAGAUCAUGAAGAAGCUUGUAUCAAGCUUGACAUGAACAAUCUCAAGAUAUUCUGUUUACAAUUAAUGAAAUCUGUAAUCAUUCUGAAACCAUGGCAGCCAGUUGCUGUCAACACUAUUAUAAAGUUCAAAACAAACAAGUUGCUGAGUGAAGCAAUUCUGACAGAUGUUGUUAAUCUAGAGAAGACUUGA